CUGUGUCUGACGCAAUCACUUUGACAUAGCCUUGCUGACGGACGUUUGCAGAACCGUAAUAGUACAACGAUGCCUAGAGGAAGUCGAAGCCGUACCACUCGGAUGGCCCCGCCAGCCAGCCGAGCACCGGUGAUGAGGUCAGCACCACCUCCUGCAGCGCGCCCAUCUGCUGUUGCUGCUGCCCCUGCCCCAUCCGCCCUUGGACCUGCAGCAGCCCCUAGACAACCAGGUCUCAUGGCACAAAUGGCUACUACAGCUGCUGGAGUUGCAGUUGGUUCUGCAGUGGGACACACUUUAGGUCAUGCUAUGACUGGUGGGUUUGGUGGUGGCAGUUCAGAGCCUGCAAGUGCAGAUGUCACUUACCAGGAACCUGCAGCCCAACAGCCAGCAUAUCAACAACAGCAGAGUCAGUACUCACCAUGCCAGUCUGAGAUGAAGCAGUUCUUGGAGUGUGCUCAGAAUCAGGCUGACCUGUCGCUGUGUAUGGGUUUCAGCGAGGUACUCAAACAAUGUCGAUUCGCAAACGGGUUACCAUGAAUGGUUUGCUUCAACAUAACAUCAUAUUCCUGGGUUGAAAGUGUUGCACUUGCAGGUCUGAAGAAACAAUUACGACCC